ACUACUUUUACAAGGAAUUAAAAGACCACAAUAAUAAUUCCUGAUUGGUCACUGUUGAGAAUAGCGUCAUCGCUUUAUGAAUAUUGAGAUCACUUCCUGUUAAUAACACUGAUUUGUGUAUCUGCAGGAGCCCAUCAUGGUUAUAAGAGAGAGUGGAAAUGAAAGCUAGAGCCACUUUGAAGAUAGAUUCCUGACGAGUGCUUAGAGAAGAGUUGAUCAAGCAGAUGUUGUUGCACGAGUUGUAAUAGUAAUAGUAGAUCGAGUGUUGAUAGUUGAUUGAGUGGUUAGCAAAGGUUCAAAUUCACCAUGGAUGGCAUGUUUAGUGGCAUGAUGAAGGCCCAUAACUCGGUGAUGGAGGCGGUGGCCGAUGCUGCUCGGCAACCCAAAGUUGUGGUGGUUCCUGGGGGAAAUCCUUACCCCCUUCCUGGAGGAGCUGUACCUCCACCGGCAGCAGUGGUUCCACCAGCUGCUUAUGCUGUACCACUGGUAGGAGGACCAGGCUUCGGUGCUUAUCCUCCUACCGGAGCACCUCCAUAUCCGGAUCCUCUGUAUGGUUACUUCACAGCCGUGGCGGGUGCAGACGGGCAGAUUGACCAGAAGGAGCUCCAACAAUGCCUCACAUCAUCUGGGAUCUCAGGAUCUUACCGACCUUUCAGCUUAGAGACAUGUGUCCUGAUGAUCAAUAUGUUGGAUCGUGACUAUUCCGGGAAGAUGGGAUUCAACGAAUUCAAGGAGCUCUGGGGUGCUCUUAACCAAUGGAAAACUACCUUCAUGCAGUACGACCGCGACAGGUCGGGUCAGGUCGAUGGCAAUGAACUCGCACAAGUUUUGACCGCUUUUGGAUACAGGUUAUCCCCUCAAGCCAUGGGAGUGUUUCUGAGACGUUAUGGUGUCAACAACCAAAUCCCAUUUGACGCAUUCGUUGCCUGCUGUGUGCGCCUCAAGGGUCUUACAGACUUCUUCAAAAGACGAGAUGUUCAACAGACUGGAAAUGCUAACAUGCAGUAUGACGAUUUUAUCUGUGGUACAAUGUCCUUCUAAACUUGCCAGCAUAUACGUCUGAGAUUCCAGCAAGAUGAUUGGUCAUGUUUGGUCAGUAACAAUACUACAAGUUAGAUAUCCAUUACAAAUGUCCUAUUUAUUCCAUGUAAAGGUGUUGUCAGCUCAUUAAUAUUCAUUAAUAUUUUAGAAAGUGGGUGUGGUUCAUGCAUAAAUUGAUAUUUGUGGUCCCUAUGGAAUAUUUUGUGAACCUUAUGGAAUACUUUAAUGAAUUUUGUAGAUGAAAAAUGAAUCAUUCAUUCUUCCUCCUAUUUCCAAUAAUCCUUCCCCCCUCUCUCUCUCUCUCUCAUUCUUUAUCUCUUCUCUUGCUCAGCCUCUCAACCCCCCCCCCCUUCUCUCUGCCUUCCAAGUUAUAAAUUAAGGAUAAUUUAUGUUUUUCUUCUCAAUAAGAUAGUUAUUAAAUUAAUAGAUAUGUGUAUCAGUGGUUGAUAUUAAUAAUGACAUUGUUUAUUCAUACAUAUAUCAUUGUCAAUUGUGUGUGAAUGGAUAUCUAUAAAUCAUGAAAAUUUGUAUAAUUCGUCAAAAAAAAAAUUAUGAGGUCUUCAAUUUGGUUUCUAGAUAAAGAGUAAUGCUCAUUGCCUUACAGUAAUCCUUAGUCUUUCAAUUUCAAUUGUAUCUCUUCUUUACUUUAUAUAUAAAUGUAAUCGAGGUAGCUCACCUCUUGAGUGCACAUUUACACUGGAUUAUUUUAAGUUUGGUGUAAGAAACUGGUGUUGGGGAUUUGGAUAUUUCAUUUUGAAGCCCACACAUGAUCUUGAGGUUCCAUGACAUUUGCUCUGGCGACAAUCGCUCCGCUGUAAAUUCCUCUUACUAAUGGAAUGACCAGCUCCAACCCUGGAUUUAACAUUAUACCCUAUCAUAAUCCUUCGGAGGGGACCUUAAGCCGUCGGUCCUCUGGUUGCUUGCUUACAAGCAUUCAUGCUUUCUUAGCAAUCAGGUAAAAAAAUCACCACCAAUCAAUCAAUAAUCCUAACCCUAAACCUAACAUAAUACCCUUUUGCUACUUUUACCCAAUAUCUGAGAUGAAAUAAAGCCCAGAGAAAUUGUCGCAGGAGCAAAUGUCGUGUCACCAUGUUAGAUCUUUUGUAACAGCUGGAUACACUCUUUAAAACACCUGAAUUUGUUCUUAAUGCCAACAUUAGCACAAACACCGUACUUUAAUAAUUGUUCAUUGUGAAGUGGUAGGAUUUACAAGUGGAAAAACUUCUAUAUUGAGAAACUAGUGCAUAUCUGUGCAAGCUUUAUUGUUGCAUUCAAUCAUAAUUGUUUCACAACUCUAAAUUGAUUCUUAUAUUAUGUUACGGAACGUCUCAUAAACCAUCUUAUCAAAGAUUUUCACGGACAGCUGUUAUAGACUACUGAAUAAAAAAGAUCUCAUUGGCUGAGAGAACAAUCGUCAAUAAUCUCAGUAUGUACAUUGAAAAUAGCAUCCAAUAAUGAAUGUGCGCUCUUGCCACAGCGAGCUAAAUUGACACUUGUUAGUUUACUGUAUUAAGGAGUUCCUGUUUCUGUAAAUGAAUUAAUACCGAGAGUGGACUCCUGAAUCCUGUGAACUUAGUAACAAGCGUCAGACUCAGUUUAGCACACCGUGUUUACGCAUUCAUUAUUGGGUAUGCUUUCUCAAUGUACACAUUGAAUUUAGUGCAAUCAAUGCAAAAGCGUCUGCAAAGACCAUGGUUAAACCCCUGAUUGAAAAUCUCGUUGAAUCUGCAUUUUUGAGUACACAUUCAACUAUGAAUACAUCCAGAAUCUACAAAACAAAUGCUUUUGAUUUCAAUGGCGAGCACCCACCAUUUCCUCUUUUGCUCCUAACGUACGUGAUUAAAAAUAGAGUAUUAAAUUAGCACUUUUAAGAGCUUCUAUAGCGACUGCACGUUGGUGCUGAUUUUUAGUAUGGCAUGGUGCCCCAAGUCUGCGUGUGCAGUGCCGCUUGUCUGUGCAUAAGCGUAUCUGAGCAAUUCUAAUUUUAAAAAAUCAUGUAACGACCACAAACUUUACACUUGCAAUACAUAAACAGAUAUUCAUAAAAAACAUUUGAGUCAAAGUGGUAAAAUAAUAUUGAAUUUUUGACAUAGUGUGUAACAGUCUCAAACUGCAGCCUUUCUCGUCAAUAUCCCUGAAUCGUCUAUUAAAAGUGAAUGGAUGCCGAGACAUGGGGCACCAUAUUUUUGUCAAUCUGAAAAUGUCUGGCCGUGAUAUUUUUCAAAAAAAAAUCAUAUAUUUUGCUCAAUAUUUUAUGAGAUUUCGGGCAAAAUUACCCUCAGGAACAUUAUCAACUGAAAAUGUAGCACAUCAUCUGCUGUUUUGAGCACCCCAAGGGCUGCAAAACAGCACAUGAAGUAUGUCUCUAUACAAGCUCUUAUAAGUGUUGAUAUAGUACUUUAUUCUUAAGAGCGUAACUUUCCAAUUAUGCAAAAUUAUUAAGGAGAUGAAUUGUUAUGGUUCUAUUUCAAGAGUUUUUUUUAUAUGUCAUUUGUUUUUCAAUAUUUGUCUUUAAUGUAUAUGUUUCAUUCCUUGUACACGUAUAAAGUGGUUAUCCUGUAGGAAAAUCCCCAGUACUAGUUUUAUUAAUUGCCAUAUUAUCCUUUUUAAAAGGAGAAUUGGGCCCAUUUGCACAAAAAAUCUAGUAAGGUAAUUUUGCCAAUAUGGUUUCAUGGGAAAUGUGAUCGGUUGCUAAAAAAAAUAAAAAUCAAGGUGUCCAUGGUAAAUACCAUAAUGGCAAGGUAACUAUAAUCCUGAUUAUUUUUGAGAGGAUCCCGAAGCCAAUUACCAUUUAAUGUUAACUACCUUGGUUUACUCCGAGUUGUUCAACAGCCAGUAAAGAAAUCAAUCUUAACCAUCGUAGUUACCAUUGAUCUAAAAAUAAUGUUCAACAUUAAUUUUGUAUGCAAUGGGCCUCAAUGUCGCUGAAUAGUUUAUGCUUUUGUUUUGUGGUAGUAUAUGUACAUCACAGGAAAUAACAUUAAUAGAUAUUAAUCUAA